CACCUCCUGAAGCUGUGCUCCGAGGUUUAGGAGUCGGCCUCCAGCCCCUCCUCCCUCAGACCCAGGAGUCCAGACCCCCAGCCUCUCUUCCUUCAAGACCCCACCCCACUCCGCCCGUUCUCUGCGGUUCUUAGGUCGCGCCAGGAUGUCGGACGCUGAGGAACAGGAAUAUGAGGAGGAGCAGCCGGAAGAAGAGGAGGCUGCUGAGGAGGAGGAGGAAGCCCCCGAGGAGCCGGAGCCGGUGGCAGAGCGAGAAGAGGAGCGCCCCAAACCAAGCCGUCCUGUACCUCCAUUGAUCCCCCCAAAGAUCCCGGAAGGGGAACGUGUGGACUUCGAUGACAUCCACCGGAAGCGCAUGGAAAAAGAUCUGCUGGAGCUGCAGACGCUCAUUGACGUGCACUUUGAGCAGCGCAAGAAAGAGGAAGAGGAGCUCAUUGCGCUGAAAGACCGCAUUGAGCGGCGCAGGGCGGAGAGAGCUGAACAACAGCGCUUCAGAACCGAGAAGGAGCGGGAGCGACAGGCCAAGCUGGCGGAGGAGAAGAUGCGGAAGGAAGAGGAAGAGGCCAAGAAGCGGGCUGAGGAUGAUGCCAAAAAGAAGAAGGUUCUCUCCAACAUGGGGGCCCAUUUUGGGGGUUACCUGGUCAAGGCAGAACAAAAGCGGGGUAAGCGCCAGACGGGCCGGGAGAUGAAGCUGCGUAUCUUGUCUGAACGUAAAAAGCCUCUGAACAUUGACCACCUGGGAGAGGACCAGCUCCGGGACAAGGCCCAGGAACUGUCGGACUGGAUCCACCAGCUGGAGUCUGAGAAGUUUGACCUGAUGGCGAAGCUGAAGCAGCAGAAAUAUGAGAUUAAUGUGCUGUACAACCGUAUCAGCCACGCCCAGAAGUUCCGGAAGGGGGCAGGGAAGGGUCGCGUUGGAGGCCGCUGGAAGUGAAGACCUGGGGCGGCGGCCCACCCUGAGGCACCUGGGAGCCCAUGGAGUGUUGUCCCAUCUGUAUCUUGAAAUAAAUGCUCCUUCUGCAGACA